AUUUCAGUUUAUCGGUUCAUGGCAAAAUAACAAUAAAUUGUUUCAAUAUAGCUGGCAAGUAAUAUUCACGAUCGUGUGUGCAUCUUCCGUCAUCAUUGAUGUUAUUUAACAAAAAUGCUAAUUGCUCGUCUGUAGGCCUUGAUUGUGCAUUAAAUUAUUCGUAAAAAUCACGAACAGUAACGAACGCCUCCGAAAAUUCGAAACUUUUGAACUUAUUCAGAAACUGCCCUUUCAAAAAACAAUUAUUUUCUUCGACCAACUUGGAUUUGCCAUACCAACAGUUUCGGUUGAUUGUCAAUUGCAUAUUAACGCAAAUUAAUAUUUGCAUGACUGAAUUUCAAUUGUGAUAAGUAAAGUUGAAAACCAAAACUCAACAGGAAACAAUUACUCCUGAAAGAAUAAGUGGUGAAUUACUUACACUUGCGCUAAUAAUCGACAAGUGGUCGCAUAUUUUUAUUAUAGUUAGCGGUGCACAUCGCCAAAGUGGCUAGCGCGGUGCACGGCGGUGUAACUUCCUACCAGUGCAACAUGGCUCUGGUAGUACCCCAACAAGGGGGGACAACGUGGCGGGAUCCCCCCGUGACCAUGCCCCAAGGACCCACGGGCAUGGAAGAUGACAAAAGGGAUUUAGGAGUGUCACUUACUCCCCAACCAGCAGCUCCACAAACUCCCACUCCCAAUUCAACGGCGGGGAGUUCAUCCGCUCCCUCCCCGAGCAGCGAUGACAAGGCGGCUAUCAACAUGUCGUGCGUCGUGUGUGGUGAUAAGUCAUCGGGCAAACAUUAUGGACAGUUUACGUGUGAAGGAUGCAAGAGUUUCUUCAAGCGGUCAGUGCGACGCAACCUCCAGUAUUCCUGCCGCGGCAACAGAAACUGUCCCAUCGACCAGCACCACAGAAACCAAUGCCAGCAUUGCAGACUCAGAAAAUGCAUUAAAGUUGGCAUGAGGAGAGAAGCUGUACAGCGGGGGCGUGUGCCGCCGACUCAAGCAUUAGGAAUGCCAGGCCAGUUCAUCACAAACGGCGACAGUCUCAACGGUCACUCGUAUCUCUCAUCUUACAUAUCAAUGUUACUGAGGGCUGAACCUUAUCCCGCCGCUCCUUAUGGCAACAAUUUUAACUCAAACAAUAUGAUGGGGGUCGAACAUAUCUAUGAACUACCGUCAAGGUUGUUAUUUUCAGCAGUGGGCUGGGCCAAACAUAUUCCCUUUUUUCCUGAUUUACAAAUGACGGAUCAAGUUGCGUUGUUAAGACUUGUUUGGUCCGAACUAUUCGUAUUAAACACUUCGCAGUGUUCAGUGCCGUUACAAGUGGCGCCUUUCCUUGCCGAGGCCGCUUUAAAUUCGUCUCCUAUGGCAGCAGACCGAGUCGUUGCCUUUAUGGACCACGUCAGGAUAUUUCAAGAACAGGUCGAUAAACUAAAGGCUCUACAAGUGGACUCCGCAGAAUAUGCCUGCUUGAAAGCCAUCGUUUUAUUUACAUCAGAUGCAUGCGGCCUGAGCGACCUGGCGCACAUAGAGAGUGUACAAGAGAAGAGUCAGUGUGUGCUGGAGGAGUACUGCCGGAACCAAUACCCUAACCAGCCCACUCGCUUCGGCAAGCUCUUGCUUCGUCUGCCGUCACUUAGGACCGUGUCUUCGCAGGUCAUAGAGCAACUCUUCUUUUAUAAACUCGUCGGCAAGACGCCCAUCGAAACUCUCAUCAGAGACAUGCUGCUGUCCGGCUCUUCGUUUACGACGUACCCCUACAUGAACAACAUGUGACAGUCAGCCCUGGGAGCGUCCACGGUCGCCUCCACUUCCUCCCUCAGCGCCCCCAGCCACUGCAUCCAAGGAGGGGCGGCGCGCGCGCUGCCGCCCUCGCAUUCUUUUACCUUGCCUACCCUCGCCGCUGGCUUUAGGUGACGCGCUCGGUACUACCACAAAAAUCAUGAUGAUGCUUAUCAUUCCUCUAUAACCGACCAUCAUCAUCGCGAAGACAGUAAUCAUUAUCAUCACUCUUACGGAAUCCUACCGGCCCUGAUUGCUAGUGCAGUGUCCGCAGUUACGGCCAUCACGGCAGAGAGUCUAGCGAGCGUCCCGGCAAUGGCAGCCAGCAAAGAGCCUGUCGCCGGUGUGGCGAUAUCUUCGCCAGCGCGUCUCGUCUCAACGUCAACCCAAGCAUCUGCAUUUCCUAUGGACCAUCAAAGUUCUUCUCCGAUACCGUGUAUCUCAGCGACAAACUUGUACUCAGCUUCUGCUUUCGAGGAUUGUUCCGCUAAAUUGUUCCUAACGUCCAAUAAAGAAUCUAAAACCUGAUUAGUGAGUCCACAAUGUGCAGACAAAUGACUAGUGCGUAAAUAAAUAGUGUUACAGUGCUAGUUCAAAUUAACAGGUCCAUAAUGAGACAAUAAUUAUUUGUUAAAAUGAGUAGCGAGCUUCAGUGCACAAUUUUUCUGAAAGGAGGAUAAUAUAUCCCAGUAAUUCUCUAGAUAUUCCGUCCCGUUCCGGGCUCGCAAAUUUUCUGAAUACUGCAUAUCUAAGAUGUAAUUUGCAGCCCACGCCCGUGAAUACAUUUUGAACCCAUGAUUCAUGACAAUAAUGUUUACCUCUUUAAUGUUAAUGAAUGUUUACCGUUUCAUAGAAAAUAAUGCCGGUCUUGCAUAAAAUUUUCUUAUAAUUUAAC